AUGUCUUCUCUAUCGCUUCGUGGUAUUCUUGAACCUAGAAAACUAGUCAGAGCCAAUUAUGAUGAUUGGUACCGCAACUUGAGAAUUGUUCUCAUGCAUGAGAAGCUUAUUGACACUAUUGAUAAGCCUCCCAUGGAAGCACCUGAUCUGAGUGAUGCUGAAGCAACCAAGGUUUUUCAAAAGUACCUAGAUGAGUGCCUUACUGCUAAGUGCAUUAUUUUGGCAUCAAUGAGUUCAGAACUCCAGAGGCAACAUCAAGACAUGGACCCAUAUGAGAUCGUUGAACAUCUUAAGAAGAUGUACGGUGGUCAAAGCAGGAUGACUAGAUUUCAAUUAUCUAAGGCCCUGUUUAGAUCCUCACUUGCUGCAAAUGAAAAUGUUGGACCCCAUGUUCUUAAGAUGAUUGAUCUCAUAGAACAACUUGAGAAGUUGGGGUGCACUCUUGGGAAAGAGCUUUCUCAAGAUUUGAUUAUGCAAUCACUUUCUGAUUCAUUUUCACAAUUUAUUGUGAAUUUCAACAUGAAUAAGAUUAGUUGUGACUUGCAUGAGAUGCUUAAUCUACUAAUUGAUUAUGAGAAUCAAAUUGCUUCUGAAAAGAAGAAAGGAACUGUCAUGGUAGUUGGCAACAACUCCAAGAAGAAAGGCAAAGUACCAAAAAGGAAGAAUCUUGGACCUAAGGGUGGUAUGACCAAACCCAAGAACAAAAGGAACAAGAUUGACCAAACUGAUGCUGAAUGUUUCUUCUAUAAGGAGAAAGGUCAUUGGAAGAGAAAUUGCAAGAAAUAUAGACAGUAG